CCUCAAGCACCUAAGUUCUUCGAGCAGUUUCUUAUUCUCCUAAGCACAAAAGAUGGGUUUCCGUUUACCUGGAAUUAGAAAGGCUUCCUUUUCUACAAAAAUGGCUUCUUCAAAGGCGGGUGAAGUACCAAAGGGAUAUCUUGCUGUUUAUGUUGGAGAGGAAAUGAAGAGGUUCGUGAUCCCGUUAUCUUACUUGAAUCAACCUUUAUUUCAAGAGUUGUUAAGCCAAGCUGAGGAAGAGUUUGGAUAUGAUCAUCCAAUGGGCGCUCUCACUAUUCCUUGCAGAGAAGACAUAUUUCUUACUGUCGCUUCUUCCUUGGAUAGGUGCUCGCUGACAAAGACAAGAUUAACGCAGACUAGAAAGCACAAUUUUGUAAGUGGAUCAGUUUAG